AUGAAGUAUAUCAGGAUAAUAUCAGGCGUGGUAGUAGCUCUGGCAGGCCAAGCUCACUCCCAACAGCAGCAGAACUGCCCGAGCAUCCGUAUCUUCGGCGCCCGCGAGACCACCGCCCCACCGGGCCUCGGGUCGGCCUCAACAGUCGUAAACCUGAUCCAGCAAGCGAACAACGGCUCCACUUCCGAGUCCAUAGUGUACCCCGCCGCCGGGGGCAACGCGUACGGCGCCAGCGUGACCGCGGGCGUGGCGGCGGUGGCGAACCAGACGAGCGUAUUCAACUUAGCGUGUCCGGACACGAGGAUUGUGGUGGUUGGGUACUCGCAGGGCGCGCAAAUCGUCGACGACGCCUUCUGCGGUGGACCCGAUGGGCUCAGCGUGAACACGACGAGCGCCAGCGUCUCCGCGGGCGUCAGCAAGAUGGUCGCGGCGAUCAUCCUGAUGGGGAACCCGCGCCACGUGGACGGGCUGCCGUUCAACGUCGGGAAUGCCACCGCAGGCGGAUUUGCGGCCCGCCCCGCCGGGUUCCGGUGCGCGGCCUUCGAAAACAUCAUCCAGGCCUACUGCGACGCGGAGGAUCCGUUCUGCGCGAAGGGGAACAGUACGGCGACGCAUCAGGGGUACGGGCGGGAGUAUGGACAGGCGGCGCUGAGGUUCGUGCAGAGUAAGCUGGAGGGGUCGGCGUCGGGUACCGUGGCUUCGAACCGGACUAGUUCUCCCACAGGUGCACUUCCUACCAGUGCUCCUACCUUUGUUCCGUCCAAAUGA